AUGCCAACCAAGCUGAUUGAGAUUAGGGGAGAGUAUUCUGGCCGCCAAUAUUAUGUGAGCUGUUUAUAUUAUAAUAAAAAUUAAAAAAAAUUUUUUUUAAUUUUUAAACGUAUUUUUUUAAAUUUAAAAUUUAAAAAAAUAAAAUUUUUUUUUGAUUUCAAAGCAAAAAUUCUCAAAAUUUAAAAAAAGCCACUAGUUGAAGACUGAAAUUUUUUAAAAAUAUGUCAAUUUUAGGUAAUGCCACAAAAAGACCUUAUAAGAAACGGAUGGGUUGCUUGCAAAACUUAUAAUUUGGAGCCGGCCGUCAUCCUCGAAGAAAGAUCUGAUCUUCUUAUUUACAGUCAGUUUAUACUGUUGCACUACCCUACCCUACCCUACCCUACCCUACCCUACCCUACCCUACCCUACCCUACCUUACCCUACCCUACCCUACCCUACCUUACCCUACCCUACCCUACCCUACCCUACCCUACCAUACCCUACCCUACCCUACCCUACCCUGCCCUUCCCUACCCUACCCUACCCUACUCCAGAUUUUGCUUUGCCUUACCUUGUCCUGUCCAGUUCUGCCCGCCCUGCUCUGCCAUACCGUGCUCUUUCUUGCCUUGCCUUACCUUGUCCUACCCAGCCCUACCUUACUCUCUCCUGCACUGCCGUGCCUUGCACUGCCCUGCCCUGCGCUGCCCUUUCUUGCUUGACCUUGUCCUGCUCAGCCUUGCUUUGCCCUGCCUUGCUUUGCCCUGCCUUGCGCUGUCUAGCCUAGACCUGCCCUACACUAUCCAGUUUUGCUUCGCCCUGCUUUAUCCUGCCGUGCCGUGCUGUUCCAUGUCCUUUUUUACCCUGCCUUGCACUGCCCGGCCUUAGUUUGUCCUGUCCAACUCUAUACUGCCCUUUUCUGUCUUGCUCUACUUUACCUGUCUUUCUCCUGUCUUACCCUAUAGAUACAACUCUCUAGAGUAAUGACACACGCAUAUUUACAUAUAUACCUUUAGAUUAUUUGACCUUGACCCAAUGGUUCCCAACGAACAGUUUCUUAAGCAUAGGCUUGUAUGCUAAACCCGAUGAAGAGCCACAAUGGAUGGAUGGCAGUUCAUACAACUACACGAAAGUAGUCAACGACCCACUUAAUAAUACCACUUCAUACUACGGCAUGUUUAUCAACGCACCCAGCCUGCCGGCUGGAAGUUGGAUGGCUGUAGCAGAGAAUACUGAAGGUCUUGGUCAUCUGUGUCAAUAUAGAUACCCGGAGGAGAAAGAUGAAAAGAUUUUGUCUUUGUGA